CCAGGCAGGCGACUCAGUUGGUCGGUGGCGGCUGAUGGGCUGAGUGGGGCGUGCGCGCGUUCUCUCUCUCCCUCGGGGGUGUGGAGGGCCUGAGGCCUUGCGCUGCCGUUCCUGCUGGGAGGGGGUGGAUUCGAGUCCUCUCCAUGGCCGGACAUUUGAUCGCAGGGCAAUAGACCUCCUUCUCGAGCCUCUCCCCUGCGGAGUUCUUGGCGCCGCAUAAAGGGUGCAUGACUAUGAGCCGAGUGUGGGACCCCCCGCGCCUCCUCUCGGAGAAAGUGUUCAGCCAGAGAGAAGAAAAACCAGUUGAGCACCGAAGAUGUGAGAGAUCUACUCCUUUCUAAAGGACCAUAUUGUUUGCAAGAUGGAUCGAAGUAAACGAAAUUCGAUAGCAGGAUUCCCUCCACGCUUGGAACGUGUUGAAGAUUUUGAUGGUGGUGGCGGAAGUGAUGGGACCGUUUCCCAGAUGGGCAGAGUUUGGACUUCUUCAUACAGGGCCUUGAUAAGUGCCUUUUCAAGACUUACACGACUUGAUGACUUCUCCUGCGAGAAGAUUGGAUCUGGUUUCUUCUCUGAAGUGUUCAAGGUUCGGCACAGAGUGUCUGAUCAGGUAAUGGCUUUAAAGAUGAACACACUAAGCAGCAACAGAGCAAACAUGCUGAAAGAAGUCCAGCUUAUGAACAGGCUUUCACAUCCCAACAUAUUAAAGUUCAUGGGUGUCUGUGUACAUCAAGGACAACUGCAUGCACUUACUGAGUACAUCAACUGUGGUAACCUGGAACAGCUGUUAGAUAGUAACCAGUACCUGCCUUGGACAGUAAGAGUGAAACUGGCACUGGACAUUGCUCAGGGACUCAGCUAUCUUCACUAUAAAGGCAUUUUUCAUCGGGAUCUGACAUCCAAGAACUGUUUAAUAAAGCAUGAUGAGAAUGGAUAUUCUGCUGUAGUUGGUGACUUUGGUUUAGCAGAGAAAAUCCCUGACUAUAGUGAGAAGCUGCCUGUGGUGGGUUCCCCUUACUGGAUGGCACCUGAAGUAUUGAGAGAUGAACCUUACAACGAAAAGGCGGAUGUGUUCUCGUAUGGGAUCAUUCUUUGUGAGAUUAUAGCCAGGAUCCAGGCAGAUCCAGACUAUCUCCCUCGCACAGAGAAUUUUGGCUUGGAUUAUGAUGCCUUCCAGCACAUGGUGGGAGACUGUCCUCCAAACUUUCUCCAGUUGGCCUUCAACUGUUGUAAUAUGGACCCAACUCUAAGGCCUUCAUUUGUGGACAUUGUAAAAACACUGGAGGAGAUGCUAAGCCGUUUGAAAAAUGAAGAGGCUGAAAGAGAGAGGAAGCUCUUAAAUCUUGACAGUACAGAGAGAAAACCCAUAACCGUUUCCAAAGGAAUUUUAGAGAGAGGACAAGGAGUUAAAAGGCUGAGUUCACUGGAUGACAAGAUUCCUCCCAAGUCACCACGACCACGGCGUAACAUUUGGUUAUCACGCAGUCAAUCAGACAUCUUCUCCCGUAAGCCUUGUCACAAGAUAAAUGUCCAGGAUCCCUACUACACGCCAACUAAAGGGGGAAGCCGCAAAGUCAACCCUUUCAAUGCUAGGGAGGACCUGAAAGGGGGGAAAGUCAAAUUUUUUGACAUGCCAAGCAAAUCUGUGAUAUCACUUGUAUUUGACUUGCACUCCCAAGAGGCAAGGGGAUACCUGAAGAUGAGCCAGCCACAGCUCAGGCAGACCUUCAGCACUGAUUGGCAGGAACCCCCUUUCUUCCCUUGGAGACGUUGUAGAUCACUUCCUGUCUCUCCUGAACUUGUGCACAAAGAAUAUAGCACAUUUGGGGAUCUGUCUUCAACAAUUGGCAGGUGUGAUCCAAGCCAGCUGGGAGCUGAGGUGCGCCAGAAGUUAUUGAGCAGCAGUAAAUAUGGAGUGUCUGAAAUCCCUCCUUUUCAGGCCAAAUUUCAUAGGCUGGAGUCUCCUGCUUCUGUGUAUGAAGAAGAGAUGGACUGCUCUGAUGGACUAGAGCCCCAGGAUGAAAAUGGGUUCUAUCCUGGGAAAAAUAUAGUUGAGGAGCCAGAAUUCAGAAAGACCACAGGGCAAAUUCUACAAGACUCCCAGAAUGUGGAGGGUAUUUUGGUGCAGAACGUAGCCCAUUCAGAAGAUAAACCCUCACAGGCAUUCUUGAGCUGCAUAACCUCUGAAGCUAUGGAGGUGGAAGAUGAAACCCAAAGGAACAUGCCUAGGCUGGAGUCUUCCAAACAAUUACGUGCUAACUCUUCCUCCCAACCAGGCCGAGAGGCAUCUCUGUUUGAGGUAGUAGACAGUGACAUAUCAAAUCGAGUUUCUUCGCCAUCAUCAAAUAUACCAGCAGCAGUAAGUGAAUAGUCAAAAUGUGACAUUUAAAAAUCCAGCCAGAAGGACACACUCCUCCCAAUACCUUAAAAGCUAAAACCAAUGUAGAAACGCUCUAGCAAGUUGUAGCAACUAGUUUGGAGAUUACAAAUAAUUUAGUUGGAGAGAGACUAUAUGUGUGAAAGUAUGUAUGACAGAAUGAUUCCUCAGCUUACCUCAGGAAGUAAUUGUGGGCAGAAGGGGUGAACCACAUCUCUGGGAUGUAUGGGACAAUGUGAGGGUGAUAAUUCCUGGGAAAGAUGAUGGAAUCCUUGGUCUGCCCUGGCUUAGAAGCCAUUUUUCUGUGUGUGAAUGGACGCCUGUGUGCUUUUUCUUCUGUUGAAGGAAUCAAACUUGCCAGAAACUUCCCCUCUUAAAUAUUUAUAACUUUCACUCUGUCCCUUGUAUUUGCUGAGCAACUAUAAAUGUCUUCUGAUUUGGGAUCUAACAGGCUUGAAGUUAGCAGUUUCAGGGCGCAAAGGCAGUUUGUUGUUUCUUGGAUGUAACAAGUUCAUAGCAUGUAAAAUACUAAGCUCCCUUGUGUCCCUAAAAGAAGCUCAGAUUGGGCUGUAAUAUCUAAGCUUUCUACCUCUUCCCAUACAACUUUAAAUCCUGGAAGUGAACAGUUCACUCUUGCUUUAGGCAUUCCUUGUCCACUUGGGAAAUUUACUGCUUAUGCUGUGGCAGUUUCCUUGCAAAACACAAAAUCCGACUAUAUUUUCCUGGCACCACCAGUCAGCACCUUCUUUGAUGGAGAAUGAAUGAGUCAUGUAACCAUUUACAUUUUGAACAAAAGAAGAGCUUAAAGUAAGGCAAAGAUGUUUCCCUAAAAUUACAGCUGUGAGUGCAUCUUCAGUUGGUCUGUUAGUCACUUUGAGCACACCUGUUUACUUGAGUUAAAGAUACAGACCCCAGCCCUACUGCAGCUGCACACGCAUAUUAGUCUAUUUUUACAUUUUUGUAAUUUUUAUGAGUACCUGGUGUUCUGAAGAGAUAGGUUUGAUUCUGUUUGGCUGCACAAAUAAUGCAAUGUAAACAUUCUGUAUGAACUCUUUCUUUUCUGAGUGUUUAGAUUGGCAAUGGAGUCCAAGUCUAGACUCUAUUCCAUAGUUUUAAUACAGCAGGAUAGUGAGAACUCCCCUGCAGGGAGGAGAUACAAAACAACUGCCUCCUGAUGUUCACAAAAAGUUAAGGUGAAUGCCUUCAAAGUAGCAAGCAAUAAUUUGGGGACUUCAGAAAGACCUUUGGCAUGUUGAUUAACAGAUAGCAACUUUCUGGUAAAGAGCUUACAUGCGAUUGGCCAAUUUCAGGCAGUUCUUCCAGAACUUCUCUGGGAUGAAUGACUCCAUAUAUUUAAAACAGUCCAUAAAAGUCUGAUUUUUAAAUCUGUUGCCUCUUCAGGGUGGACCAGAGAGGAUUUGUACAACUGCUAUCCAUACACAUCUUUUUGAUUUAGAAAAUGAAAGUGGUCAGUUGGUAAAUAACGGAAUUGCCAUAUAAGAUGAUUGAUGAUCAUUUUGGAAUUUGUAUCACCUUGCUCAUUAAACAGAUGUUCCUUCUGGGUUGUCUAAUGGACUGUGAGAGACAUGAGCAUUGAAGUAUGUUUUACAGACUAUGGAAAAAGGUCCACACUUAAUUGUUUGCCCUGUGGACUCUCUUAGCUCUGUAGCUUUACUUACGCUCUCACUGUUCUGGCAGGGUGAGAACAAGUGGCACACCCUUGGUUUGAACAAGUGUUCUAAUUAUGCUUCUGUAUUUAUAUGUAUGAUGGUAGAAGGCUUGAAUCCCUUAUCCUCAUACAGAAAGUAUGAAGUCUUCCCAGUCCUCUAUGUAAUAAAAAUGGUUGGCAUUAUAGAGUUCAAGUGAAAGCAAAUUCCUUGGUCAUGGAGUGGUUAAAACUGUAUGGUUAAAACUGUAUACUGCCCUCUUGGGAACCAUGCUAAGAACUCUGGUAUGUUUCUCUCCAGUAUUGCAAAGCAGAUGCUGGCCAUUAACUGUACUGCAUGCAGAAUGAAACCAGCCCAUCAUAUCGCAUAGUGAGGAGGGGGGUUUUUUUUGCUUUUAUCAUGUGUUUGAUUUGCUGACAAAGAUGCAUUUUGCUUUUUAUAAGCUACCUGCAAACAUUUCUAAGAUACCUGGUCUGUUUUAAUUCACUCAUUCUUUUGAUACUGGUUAUUAAAUGUGUUAGAAGCUAUACCUGUGGCUGAUCAGUGAAAGAAGACUGUGUGAAUAAAUGUAUGUCUAAAUUGCUGCCCCAGCAAAAGAGAGGGGUACGGUAGGUUUAUUCUUUGUUGCUGUAUUUUGUCCACGAACACUGGUAGUUCUUGCCAGUUUAACUACAGACACUUGAAUAAUUCCUCUUUGCACUUAAUGCUGCUGUUUAUACUGCAUGUCACUACAUUUCUAUGCAAAAAUAACCUUUGGGGCAGCCAAAUAUUUGAUUAAGGUUUAAAGAUCUUCACAAGAUCUAUUUUCGUAUUUAUGAAGGAAUUUUAUGUCUUAAUAUUUGCAGUCUGUAAAUAGCUAUACCUUGUCAUUAAAGCUUAGGAAGAAGUGUGUAGCCUGUGCAUAAUUUAACACUGCCACAAGAGAAUCUUUUCAAAACAACUUUUUCUAAUACUGCAAAUAUUUAUGAAAAGUGUAAAGAAAGCAAAUAUUGAUUAUGUUGAUUUACUUUGUCUUGACUUUUUUCUGAACUACAGAAGUGGUAUGUUUUACUGGAUCUACAGCAAGUAACCAAAGAUGAACCUGGUUUGAAAACAUUUUCAUGUUUUGUAAACUGUUUCCCAAUUUGCUUUCAAAAUAAAAACAAAUAAAUUGACCUUUGUGGUUGAAAAGACAAGCUGAGAGGGAAAUCAAAUGAAUGUUAAAUAGAUACUAAAAUGCCAAAGUUUAAUUGGGUGGUACCUGCUUUAAGGUUGAAGAAAGAUCCUUCAGCAUAAGAACCUCUUCUCCAAUUCAAGUAACUCUGACAUGAGAGGAAUUUUCAUGGACUCAGCUUUCCUUAGUGGAAUGGUAAGAUCUAUGCCAGUGUUUGUACAACCUUUCCUCAAACUGACCUUCCAUCUUUUACAAGGAAUUAUAAGAUUUUUCUCUUCCUCUGCCUGGGUAAAUGUCUGAUUUGAUAAGAGAUCUUAUUAGCUUCAGUUUUUCUUCCAACAAAUGCAUAGUUAUUUGUUUAUGAAGGAUCCUGACAUUUCAAGCAAAUGUUUCUACAAACAUUAGACUUUCUCAGCAUUAAAACUGAAGUUUUAUUGCUAAGAAAACAUGUUUUCUCUCCAGCUCUAGACUUUCAUAUUUCUCAUCAAUCUGUAUAAUGUUGAAGAUUGUUUUCCAAAUAAAUUCAGCAGCUAUCUAAUGGCAA